CGCGUUUGGACAAUGAGUAUUGUAAGCUCUGGUGUUGCUUUUAACUGGGAGUUACGUGUCAUUGGUUAUUUAUAUCCAGACGUAACUCUUUGAAAGUUGUCCACUGUUGGUUGCAGGGAAGUGACGACGAAGAGAUGAAUGAGAUAAGGCAAUCAGGAAAAGAAAAAAAAAUAUUUGUGGAUACGGCAUGCUUGAUGAGGCGCAUUGAAAGCAGUAACGAGGGUUGACUUCAGGAAGUCGUUUGCUAGACAGGCUACGCAUAGCGCUGAGGAAUAAAAUUUUGGCAAUAAGCAACAGGUAGCCUAUUGGAAAGACGACGCUGAAAGACAGGUGUUGGAAAAAAAAAACAUGAACUGUCACGCUUCAUCCUUUUUCUGGGUACCUUUGGAAUUACCGGCUGUUCGUUUGGGAUAAAAUAGAAGACUUAAUAUUGAAGUGUGUGCGUUUGUUGGAACAUGAAGAUUUGAAAUCAAGUACAGGACACCGGAGCGUUCAAAAGGAGGGAGAAGAGAGGGAGGACAUAAACACCCAGCCUGUCCUCUUCAAUACUAAACAGUCUACCUGCGAAAGGAUUGUAUCGGUGGACGAGACUCAAGAGGUAAAAAUGCCGUCCGGAGCGGAGAGGAGGCUUGAGAGCCGGCUGGAAAAACUGGAAGCCAUGAUCAAGGAUCCACGAUCCGCGAUGAACAUGGAAAGUUUACUUGAUUCCAUGAAUGCUUUGGUUUUAGAUUUGAACUACCCUGUGCUACGGAAAAACAAAAACAUUGCAGCCUUUUUAAACAGAUAUGAAAAAGUUAUGGGAAACAUGAAAGAGCUGCAGGUGGGCCUGGAAGACUUUGACCGGGUGAAGGUGAUUGGCAGGGGGGCCUUUGGCGAGGUGCAGCUGGUGCGUCACAGAGCCUCUCAGAGGGUCUAUGCCAUGAAGCAGCUCAGUAAAUUUGAGAUGAUCAAGCGCUCAGAGUCGGCCUUCUAUUGGGAAGAGAGAGAUAUCAUGGCAUUCAGUGAAAGCCCCUGGAUUGUUCAGUUGUGCUGCGCCUUCCAAGAUGACCUGCACCUGUACAUGGUAAUGGAGUACAUGCCAGGCGGAGACCUAGUCACGCUCAUCAGCACGUAUGACAUUGUGGAGACGUGGGCGCAGUUCUACACCGCAGAGGUGGUGCUGGCUCUCGACACCAUCCACUCACUGGGCUUCAUCCACCGUGACAUCAAGCCCGACAACAUGCUGCUGGACCAACGUGGACACCUGAAGCUAGCUGAUUUUGGCACCUGCAUGAAAAUGGACUCUACAGGCAAAGUACGUUGUGACACAGCAGUGGGAACUCCUGACUACAUCUCGCCCGAGGUGUUACAGUCACAGGGGAGUGAGGCUUACUAUGGGCGUGAAUGUGACUGGUGGUCUGUGGGAGUCUUCCUCUACGAGAUGCUACUCGGUGACACUCCAUUUUAUGACGACUCUCUGGUGGGGACAUACAGCAAGAUCAUGGAUCAUAAAAACUCCCUCAACUUCCCAGAUGGCGCAAAUAUCUCCAAGGAAGCCAAAGAUCUCAUAUGUGCCUUCUUGGCAGACAGGGAGGUUCGGCUGGGGCGGAAUUCUGUGGAAGACAUCAAACGACAUCCUUUCUUCAGGAACGAACAGUGGACUUUUGACACCAUUCGAGAAACGGUCGCCCCUGUGGUGCCGGAGUUGAGCAGUGACAUUGACACCAGUAACUUUGAAGAGUUUGAGGAUGGAGAGGGAGAUGAAGAGACGUUUCCUCAGCCGAAAGCCUUCAUGGGGAACCAGCUGCCCUUCGUGGGCUUUACCUACUUCAAGGAGGACCAGUUGCUAAGUGACCUAAGUCCAACCGACGUGGAGGAGGAUCGAAGCACGGCCAUCAAAAGAGAGUCAGAUGAACUGAAGCAGUGGGAAGUGAGACUCAGCAGUGAGAUGCAGGCCAAACAGGAGCUCCAGCAGAAGUUCAGAGCUGCCUGUAGUCAUCUUGAGAAACUCACCAAGGACCUUGAUGCUGAGGUAAACAGUAGGAGGAGUGUAGAGGAGGCUCUGUUGGAGCUGGAGAAGGAGAAGGCUCUGCUUCAGCACAGCAGUGCAGAGAGUCAGAGGAGGGCCGACACUGAGGCCAAUAGAAAGCACUGCCUGGAGACAGAGGUCAACACUCUGCGUGAACAACUGGAGGACAUGAAGAAGAGGCAGCAGAACCCCCAGGUCCCUAACGAGCAGACCGUUCAUCUUCAGAGACACCUGGAGGAAGCCAACGAGCUGCUGCGGGCAGAGUCAGAGAGCACGGCGCACCUGAAGAAAGCUCAGGCGGAGACGCUGAAGCAGCUUCAGCACCUGGAGCUGCGUCUGGAGGAGCUGGAGGACAGAAGCAGCCAGCUGGAGGCCAGCAAGCUGGCGCUGGAGACUGAGCUCACCGGUCUGCAGGCGUCACUGGAGACGGAGAAGAGAGAGCGCGGCCAGGCCUGCCAGACCAUCACUGACCUGCAGGGGAGUCUGGCUGAUCUGGAAGCCGAAGCAAGGCAGGUGAAGUCCGCCCUAUCCAACAGUGAGCUAGAGAGGACACAGCUACAGGGGAGACUGUUGGAUCUGGAGAAGGAGAAGAGUAGCCAGGAGAUUGAUUUUACAUACAAGCUGAAGGUCCUGCAGCAGAGUCUGGAGCAGGAAGAGGCGGAGCACAAGGCUACAAAGGCCCGCCUCCUCAUCAACAACCAGAUCAACCAGGUCACUGAGGAGGCCAAGGAGAUGGAGCGACAGUUGCAGGAGGAGCGUGCGGUGAAGCUGCAGGUGGAGAACAGGCUGCUGGAGCUAGAGAAAGAGCACUCCCUGCUGGGCUCUGAUUACAAGCAGGCCAAGUGCGGACUGGAGGACCUGCAGAGGAAGAAGCACAAACUCGCUGAGGAGGUGAAGACCCUGAGCGUGAAGGUGGAGCAGGAGUCCCAGAAAUGCAGCCUGAUUCAGAGCGAGCUGGCCAAUCAAGGCCAGGAAGUGGCGUCGCUACGCAAGUCUGAGAAACAGCUGAAACAGGAAGUCAACCACCUGCUGGACUUAAAACAGAGCCUAGGAAACAAGAACCAGGAAUUGCAGAAAGAGCGGCAGGAUGCAUUUGGGCAGAUGAAGGAACUGCAAGACCAGCUGCAGACAGAGCAGUAUUUCUCGACCCUGUAUAAGACACAGGUGCAUGAAAUGAAGGAGGAGUGUGAGGAGAAGAACAAGCUGAUUAAAGACGUACGGCAAAGACUGCAGGACCUGCAGGAUGAGAGGGACUCUCUGGCGAGCCGCCUGGAGGUGAGCCUGACGAAGGCAGACUCGGAGCAGCUGGCCCGCACUGUGGCCGAGGAGCAGUACUCCCAGCUGGAGAAAGACAAGAUCAUGAAGGAGCUGGAGAUCAAGGAGAUGAAAGCCCAGCACAAGCAGGAGCUCGAAGAGAAGGACAACACCAUCGCCUCUCUGGAGGAGUCUAACCGUACCCUGACAAGUGACGUGGCCAACCUAGCCAAUGAGAAGGAGGAGCUGAAUAAUGCACUGAGGGAGGCACAGGAACAGCUGAAGCAGUCCAUGGAUGAACAGAGUAAUAUGAAGGCCAACUUUGAGAAGCAGGUGCAGUAUGAGAGAACACUGAAAACUCAGGCAGUCAACAAACUGGCAGAGAUUAUGAACCGUAACAAUGUAAGCAGUGGUGGACAUCGCCAUGGCAACGACAUGGAUUUGCGCCGGAAGCAGAAGGAGAACAGAAAGCUUCAGCUGGAGCUCCAGCUGGAGAGGGACAAGCUCAACGGCACCAUCAUAAAGUAUCAGAGAGAGAUCAACGAGAUGCAGGCUAUGAUAGCAGAUGAAAGCCAGGUGCGCGUUGAGCUGCAGAUGGCCCUGGACAGCAAGGACAGUGACAUUGAGCAGCUCCGCUGCCAGCUGACCUCCCUCAGCAUACACUCCUUCGACUCCACCAGCUUCAGCAGUGGGCCUGACCCAGAGGCCGAUGAGAGCUACCCUGUGCGCAUCACCCACUCCCAGUCCUCCAAGUCCAUGUCAUUUACGUACCAGCGCUCCUCCCAGUCCGUCCGCACUCGUGCCCCCCGUUUCUUUCACUCUGACUCCGAGGAGGAAGAUUCUGAGCCAGAGCAGCCUCCUCCAGCACUCGCUUACAGUCCCUCAGAACCAGAGAACGAAGAGACCCGAUUGGAAGGCUGGCUAUCUCUCCCAGCGACGAGGAACAGCAUCAAGAGAUUCGGCUGGGACAGGAAGUAUGUGGUGGUGAGCAGCAGGAAGAUUUUGUUCUACAACAGUGAACAGGACAAAGAGCUGUCAAACCCGUCUAUGGUCCUGGAUAUUAGUAAACUGUUCCAUGUACGGCCAGUCACCCAGACAGAUGUGUACCGUGCAGAUGCCAAAGAGAUCCCGCGGAUCUUCCAGAUCCUGUACGCCAAUGAGGGAGAGAGCAGGAAGGACCACGAGUCCAUCCUGGGGCCACUCCUCAUGGUAGACAAGUCCAACUGCAUCUGUCACAAGGGCCACGAGUUUAUCCCAACUCUCUACCACUUCCCUUCCACCUGUGAAGCCUGCCCCAAACCCCUCUGGAACAUGUUCAAGCCCCCACCCGCUCUGGAGUGCCGCCGCUGCCACACCAAGUGCCACAAGGAACACCUGGACAAGAAGGACGUGCCCAUCAUACCAUGCAGGGUGAACUAUGACAUGUCCCUGGCCAAGGACCUGCUGCUCUUGGCUGAGUCUCAGGAAGAGCAGCAGAAGUGGAUCAGCCAGCUGCUCAAGAGGAUUCCCAAGAAGCCCCUGGCUGGCCAGCAGCUUACGGGCCCCUCGCCCCAUUCUUCGCCUCGCGCUUCACCCCGAGCCUCGCCGCGUGCCUCUCCGCGUGCCUCUCCCCGUGCCUCUCCCCACAUCUCCAUGACAGCGCAGCUCAGCCCACGCACCAGGCGGCAUGCCCGCUAUGACCAAUCCAGCAAGGCCAGGUUGCUAGACUUUGGCCUGAAGGACUGGAAUUGGUCAUUGGAUGAUGAUGAUGAUGAUGAUGUGUUUGAUUUCUGAAGAAGUGAGAGGUUGACCUCCUUUGCCUUGAGGGAAUGAUGGAACUCCUGGACCGUGAUGGAUUUUCUUCCAGUCACACAAGAAAAAAAUCCUUGGCUGUACUCAACACAAAGAUUUAAAGACAUUUGAAUACAAAUAUUAUAUAUUUUUUUCUUUCAACCCAUGCUGGAUCAGAGCCUCUGCAUGAACCCAUAUCCCUGAAAUAUUCAAGUGACACCCUCACAUGGUGACUGCAGCCAAUGGGGGACUCAACUCAACUGAUCCAGGACCACAGUGAUCACCAAAUUAUAUAACUGAGGCACCUUGAACCGUAAGAUAAACCUGGUCCCCAUGUGCAAAGUCUGCUUUUAAAAACGCGAACACUACUAUGAGGGACUGGCCUGCACUUCACAGAAGCCACUACUUUGAGGGAGUUUGUGAGUAUUCCGCACACAGAGUGUAUCCUAUCUACUCUGCACUUAUUCGCAUUGUGCUAAUAGCCACAGCUACAUACGUCCCUCACCACCGCUACAAUUUGCUUACCAAAGUGAGAGAAAUCCCGUUAGUCAAUAAAUAGAGUAUCAUAAUGAGUUGAUAUUAGCAUAAAGGAACCAAUGGCCACAAAACAUUUUGAUAUUUAUUUAGUGAAAGUUGAUGUUGACUGAGCUCAUCUUCAGUCUUUAAUUUUGCUGCAGAAUACUGAUUUUAUUCACUGCCCUGUUGUCAAUGUGCCCCAGAAAACAGACAGAGCAGCAUGUGACAAGUUUGCAUUUUGUGUUAAUGAGCAGGAUGCCACAUUGCUGGACUGGCCAGCACUGGCUCUGAGAUAAUUGUGAGAGUGUUUCUUUUCUUUGUAUAGUUUGUGUGGUUGUGUAUAUAAUACAUGCCUUAGAUUGAGAUGAAGAAUAUGUCAUAUAACUGUUCCUGAAAAGUGGUUGUUUAAAAAAAGAAGGGAAGUUCAAAUGUGAAAAAUAUAUGGAACCUACUUUUGACUUGUCAAGUUGUCAUAGCUAUGUUACAAAUUAUUAAACAUUACUUGCUAUAUACAUAUUAGUGACAUUCUGAAAUGUUCAAUAUUUUAAUCUAUCAAUUAUUUCAAGAGGUUUCAAAGACUUUCUAUUGUGUCUUUUAUAAAGUUCCAGAAAAACCUCAUGUUAAGGAAGUUUCAUGAUGUGAAGAGAAAUAUUACCAUUUGGAGGUAUGCAAUUGAGUAUUUAGCAAAAUAUUUAUAAUAUGCAUUUUAAGUAAAAUAAAAUGAAUUUCUCAUUCAGAAUUAA